AUGUCCUUCAAAAGGCUCACCUGGCUAAUAACGGGGUGCUCCUCCGGGCUCGGCCUCUCCCUCACACGAGCCGCACUGGCCGGCGGUCAUAGGGUCAUUGCUACCUCUCGCAAUCCUUCUCGUACUCCUGAUCUGGUUGCGGAGGUUGAGGUAAAGGGAGGCAAAUGGAUCCGAUUGGAUGUCACUAGCUCCGAAAGCAGCGAUGUGGUUGCAGAGCUGGAGAAGGACGAACAUAUUGACAUCCUUGUUAACAAUGCUGGGGCCUGUAUCUUUGGGCCUAUUGAGACCGCCACCGAGGAGGAGAUCCGUUCCCAGAUGGAGACCAUGUACUUUGGUCCGUUACGCCUGAUUCGCGCUGUCCUUCCUUAUAUGCGUCAACGCCGGUCUGGCGUCAUUGUCAACAUGAGCAGUGGUGCCUCGCUCGAUGGAAUGCCAACUAUGGGUGUCUAUGGUGGAGCUAAAGCUGGUUUAGAUGGUCUCACCAAGAUCCUCGCUAAGGAGAUCGCUCCCUUCAACAUCCGUACAUUGACCGUUGUUCUGGGAACAUUCAACACCAAUAUGCCUAAUGAUGUUGCUUUAGGCAAGCUUCCACUGCCUGAUGACUACAACGGUACUUUCACCGAACAGGUCCAGCAGCUUCUUGUGAGUGGACACAUAAAGCUCAACGGUGACAAAGAUAAGGCUAUGCAAGUGCUAUAUCAAGUUGUGGUUGGGGAAGGCGUGGGUGAGGCACAUGAAGCAGAGAAAUUGCUUCCAUUGGGAAGUGAUAUGAUACCUCGUCUGAAGGGAGUGCAAGACCAACUAUGUCAUGCCUUGGAAGUGUUUGGUUCCGUUGCCAAUAUUGUUGAUAUUGAUAACUAG